UGUUGGAUGUUUUCCCUCAGGUUGAAGAUAUGGCAUCAAAUCAAAUGACGGUGGCUGCACUGGGUCGACCUUUCACCCUUGGGAUGCUGUAUGAUGCUCGCAAAGAUGAACUGCACACAGGCUUCACUCUGUGGGAUAAAAAAACACUCCAAGAAAGCAGGUCUGUGCACGCUCAGCGCAGCAGUGCAUUUGAAAUUACUACAUCUGAUUCCAUUGAAUCCAAGUCAACUUUGCUUGAUGUUGAUGCGUCUCUGAAGGCCAGUUUCCUCUCUGGAUUGAUUCAAGUGGAAGGUUCUGCCAAGUAUCUGAAUGAUCAGAAAAAGUUCAAGAAUCAGAGCAGAGUGACACUUCAGUACAAAGCUACCACCACCUUCGGACAGUUGUCAAUGACUCAUCAAGAGGCCAAGAACAUGCUAAAUACUGCCAUUAUGGAUAAGGAAUCUGCAACACAUGUUGUCACUGGCAUCCUUUAUGGGGCCCAUGCUUUCUUUGUGUUUGACAGUCAGAAAUUAGAUUCUAGCAGCGUUCAGGACUUCCAUGGCAGCAUGCAAGCUGUGAUAAAGAAGAUUCCUUCAUUAGAUGUCGAGGGAAAAGUUAGCAUCAAGUUGACUGAUGAGGAAAAAGCCCUGACUAACCAAUUCUCCUGCAAAUUCUAUGGGGACUUCAUUCUUCAAAGCAACCCUGCAACAUUUGAAGAUGCAGUAAAGACCUACACACAACUUCCAAACCUCCUGGAGCAAAAGCAAGAUACUGCUGUUCCACUAAAAGUCUGGCUAACGCCACUCAAGAAAUUUGAUUCCACAGUUGUUGAGCUCAAGGGCGAGAUCUGCAUUGGACUAGUGAGGAAAGCUGAGAAUGCUCUAGAAGAUGUAAGGAAAGCAGAAAUGAGAUGCAAUGAUUCUCUGGAAGAAAAAGUGGUGGGGAAUGUGCCUCAGAUUAACAAAAAAUUGAGGAAUUUUCAAAAAAUAUGUCAAGAUUACAAAUCUAAACUCCAACUGACCAUGGAGAAGAAAUUUCCUUUGAUUCGUGCAGGUGAAGAAGAUGAUGUUUCACUGGAAAAGCUCUUUGACGACAGGGAGCAGUCACCAUUCAGUUAUGACAACUUAAACAACUGGAUGAAUGACAGAGAAAGAGAAAUCACUGCCAUCAGAUCCUGUGUAGAGAUAAUGGCAGGAACAAAGCUAAAAAUGGUCCCAAAUCAGUCUGAGUUGGACAGAGAGAUUCUCGCUCCAGGUGUAGAUCAUGCUCUGUGCUUUGUUUUUACCUCUGUUGAACGUGAUGACCCCUACCUCAACAAUAUGACCAAGUAUUUAUAUUCACAUGGAUCACACAGUGAUCAAAAUGUCACUCUACCAAAAGAAGACCAAUGGUACAUCUCAGAGAGACUUUAUAUCAGAGAAAAAGCCAAAGCCUUCCGGGAUUUCACCAGCACUCUGAGAAACAACAGCAGUUUCACCUUCCUUAUAGCAGUUAUACCAAAUAAGAAAUACAAAGGUGCCACUAUCUACCAUUACAAGGAUGGCAUUCUGAUCACUGAUGAUUUCUCACAGCCUCACAUCCCUGAUGUGAUAACAGACCGAAGACAUUUGAUCUUGUAUGCCACUGAUCUCAACCUGGAUCCCAGAACUGCAAGCAACUGGCUCACUCUAUCUGAAGGUAACAAGAAGGCAACAUGUGGACCGCUGCAGACAUAUCCUGAUCUCCCAGAGAGGUUUGAUCCAAGUCCACAGGUCCUGUGCCGAGAGGGCCUGACUGGGCGUCAUUACUGGGAGGUAGAGUGGAGUAAAGGUUAUCAGAAUAAUGUUGGUGUGGGAAUUGCAUACAUAAGAAUUGAGAGGAAAAACGAUGGCAUGGAGUGUCGGCUUGGACCCAGUGACGUAUCCUGGUAUUUUGAAGAAAAUCACGAGUAUCUCUAUGCGUGGCAUAUUAGUGAGGUGUGGAGGGGACCAGUUCCUCCUGGAUGCAACAAAGUUGGGGUGUACCUGGACUGGCCUGCUGGCACUUUGGCCUUCUACAGUGUCACCUCUAACAAACUAACACACCUCUACACCUUCACUAAUGCCAACUUCACUGAGGCCGUUUACCCAGGUUUCAAUAUGCGUAACAAUUCCUACGCUUCACUGUGUCAAAUGUAGUAAAAGCAUUUUGCAGAGUUUGUAUUUGCAUUGUUCUUAGAUUUGGUCGCACAAUUUACAUUCUCUGCUUCAAAUAUUUGUUUUCCGUGGUUAUGGCCUGCAAAAACUAUCUAUUGCUUUUUCAGGGUGGCAUACGUACACACAAUAGUUUUAACCCCGAACUGUGUGGAAGUAGAUAACAUGGACUUAUUUUACUGGUGUGAAUAAUUGCCUUUAAUAAAAUGGGAUGUAGAUUAGAUUAAGUAGUGCUUUAGUUAAUAUUAGAUUUUUUUGUUUAGAUGUUCAUGACGUUUCAUUUGUUCUUUAAAGUUAAGCCAAAAAACAGAAAUGGGAGUGGGUCUUUAUGUUUAAACACAGGACUUUGUGUAUUGUUGAUUGCAUCAUGUUGAGUUAAGAAUAGGUUUUUAUGUAGAGUUUCAGAAUGCUUGUAAAAUUUUAACAUCGCUUCUUCAUUAAAAGCAUUAGCAGUACGCUAAUAAUGAUGUGUUCAGUUCAGUUUGUUACUUUCCCAUCUUUGAAUUGAUGUUAAAUGGCUACAGCUGAUCAGUGAAGCAGAAACAAACUCUGUAAGCCAUCAUGAAAUUCUUGUGAAGGUGAAUUUAGCCUUUUGUUGGUUUUAAACUUCAAAACCACGAGAAAGGUUUGUCAUGUUCAAAAAAUGUGUUAUGCAUUUAAAAGAUUCAUGUUACCAAAAUGUCAACAAUUAUUGAUAAAGUGAUGAUUGGUCCGAGCUCUGGUUGGUGAUAUUUUUUCUUUUUAAACAAAUAUAAUAUCCCACUCUGGCAACUGUGGCGUAAUGAGGAGGGUAUGAAUAUUGUAAUUUUAUGGAGCUGUACCACUGA